ACAUGACCAGCGCCGGGAUCACUAGAGUAUAGAGCAGCUGCUGGGAGGUGGCGAGACCACACUAUGGAGCAUCCCAGCCGCUGCGCUCUGUGACUACGCAGCGCUCAGCCACAUUCCACAGGGACAACACUCGAAACGCACAGGUUAUGCCACCCCACAGGUUUACUGGAAACCCAACAGUGAAAGAGAAGGGUUGAUCCCUCCCUCCCCCCACCCUGCACUUCCUGUGGUUUUCUCUGUCCAAGCAUGGCAGCUAGCGGCGACGGGAGCGAAGUGUUCAUCAACCUGCAUCAGGUUCUCGCUGACAUUGAGAAACGCUCCCCGAAGGGACAAGAGGAAGAAGACUGGGAGAAAGCCCUUUCAGUGGAGAGAUUUGGGGAUCUCAUUUCUGAAACCUCUUCACGGAAUGCUGAGAAAACGGGCCGCAGUUACAACGAGAGGGACUUUGAGUAUCACCGGCACACCUCCCAUCACACUCACCACCCUCUCUCCACCCACCUCCCCCCCACUACGAGGUUCCGUAAGAAGGUGUUUCACGUCGACCGCCGCAAGAAGAAGAAACGCAAGAAAAAGAAGACAUCCAUCCCGCCCUCCAACAUCACGCCAACCAUCCAGGAAGUAAACGAGGAAGAGGAGGAGUCUGAUGCAGAGGGGCGGAGCCAAGGUGCCAUGCCAACUCCACCCCUAGACAACAAACCGAAGUUCAGCAUUGGGGGGGAAGAAGACCUCAACCAGCCUUUGCCCUUCCAGAACUUCCAUGUGGAGAAUGAGUGCACCCCCACCCCCGAGUCUCCCCCCUCCACCAGCGCCCCUCUCAUGAAGCAGGACCCCUCGGGGCGGUUCUCACAGCUUCCUCAGGACACUCUGGACUUGCCCUCGAGGGGGUGGUUUAAGAGGAAACCCCUUCACAGACUGGCCGGGGGCCAGAGAGCCAGCUAUGACCUGCGUGAGAGGAUCUGCAUUGGAAGCAUGACCGCCGUGGAGACGGCUGUUUAUCAGAAAGUGCCCACAGACGAGGCCGAAGCACAGAUGCUGGCCAGUGCAGAUCUGGAUGGCAUGAAAAGUCAUAGGUUUGAGGACAACCCUGGGGUGCGGCGGCACUUGGUGAAGAAGCCGUCCCGCAACCAGUUGACCCGAGCCAACCGAAAAACCUCACCGCCCCCCUCCACCCUCAAGAAGAAGAAGACAGACAGGAAACCCCAUGAGGUGUUUGUGGAGCUGAAUGAGCUGAUUGUGGAUAAGAACCAGGACAUGCGCUGGAAGGAGACAGCGCGCUGGAUCAAGUUUGAGGAGGAUGUGGAAGAGGAGACCGAUCGCUGGGGCAAACCCCACGUAGCCUCCCUCACCUUUCGGAGUCUGCUGGAGCUCCGGAGAACCAUCACACAUGGGGCAGUCCUCCUUGACCUGGAGCAGACCACGCUGCCUGGGAUCGCUCACCUCGUGGUUGAGACCAUGAUCAUCUCAGACCAGAUCAAGGCAGAGGACCGGGCCAACGUGCUGAGAGCCCUGCUGCUCAAACACAGACUCCCUCAAACCAGUAUCCUAGCAGCGCUUCUGGACUUACCUGUAAAGUCAGAAUGGUAUCAACUUCAAAAACUAACAUCCCCUAUCUUGCAUGUUUCUCCUGAAAAGAAAGAGACGUUGCAGACGAGGAUGUGGACAAUCCACCCCAAUGAUGAGAAAGAUGGGUUCUUCCCACGAAACCCCUCUGCCACUAGCAUGGGUUCGGUGAUGGCCAGUCACCACCACAACCACAACCACACCACAGACACAUGUCUCCCUCCAGCGGGGGAGGAGAAAAUUGAACUGCAUGACACCAAAUCCCAGGAUUCAGAGAAAUCUGUACACCAUCACAAUGGGGAGGGGUACUGGAACAAGUCCGUGAAACUCCUGGAGAAGAUUCCAGAGGGUGCUGAAGCUACUGUAGUUUUAGUCGGCUGUGUGGACUUUCUGGAGCAGCCGGCCAUGGCGUUUGUCCGACUGAACGAGGCGGUAUUCCUUGAAUCCGUCCUGGAGGUUCCAGUCCCUGUCCGCUUCCUCUUUGUGCUGCUGGGGCCGAGCCAGUCCAACAUUGACUACCAUGAAAUUGGACGAUCCAUCUCCACUCUAAUGUCUGACAAGCACUUCCACGAGGCAGCGUACUCUGCCGACGAUCGCCAGGACCUCCUGAACGCCAUCAACGAGUUCCUGGACUGCAGCAUCGUCAUCCCUCCCUCAGAGGUGGAGGGCAAGGAUCUGCUCAAGUCAGUCGCCUCCUUCCAGAAAGAGAUGCUGCGCAAGAGGAAAGAGAGGGAGAACAAGAAGUCUGGGACUGUGGGAACUGUCCCUGAGAUGAAAGAAGAGAACGAGGAGGAGCGGCGGGAGGAGGUAGAGGAUGACCCCCUGAAGCGCACGGGGAUCCCGUUUGGGGGGCUGCUGAAGGAUAUCAAACGGCGCUACCCUCAGUACCUGAGCGACCUGCGAGACGUGCUUCACACGCAGUGCCUGGCUGCCGUUGUCUUCAUCUACUUUGCUGCUCUCUCGCCUGCCAUCACCUUCGGAGGGCUGCUGGGGGAGAAGACCAAAGGGAUGAUGGGUGUCUCAGAGUUGAUCAUCGCCACCUCGGCUCUGGGGGUGCUGUUCUCACUUCUCGCAGGCCAGCCUAUGCUCAUUAUUGGCUUCUCGGGACCCCUCCUUGUCUUUGAGGAGGCUUUCUAUAAGUUCUGCCAGGACCAUGAGUUUGAGUACCUGACAGGCCGAGUUUGGAUCGGGUUCUGGUUGAUGAUCAUUGUGUUUGUUAUGGUGGCAGCGGAGGGGAGUUUCCUAGUGCGUUACAUCUCUCCCUUCACGCAGGAGAUCUUUGCCUUCCUCAUCUCCCUCAUCUUCAUCUACGAAACGUUCUACAAGCUCUUCAAGGUGUUUUACGAUCACCCUUUGCUGAAGUAUUACCCUCCCGACACUGAGCCAGGCCUUGGAUACAUCAAUCUGUCUGAGGUGGCCAAGACCACUGAGUCAUCAGUGGGCAUGCAGCCCAACACAGCCCUGCUCUCCAUGGUGCUCAUGCUGGGAACCUUCUUCAUCGCCUUCUUCUUGAGGAAGUUCAGGAACAGCAGGUUCCUGGGAGGCAAGGCCAGGAGAAUAAUUGGAGACUUUGGAAUUCCUAUUUCAAUACUCCUGACGGUAUUUAUUGACUACGCCAUUACAGAUACCUACACACAGAAGCUGAAUGUUCCCACUGGAUUCUCCGUUACAUCUCCUCUGAAGCGAGGCUGGUUUAUCCAUCCUUUGGGGGAUAAGCAGCCUUUCCCUAUCUGGAUGAUGUUUGCAUCUGCAAUACCAGCCUUACUGGUGUUCAUUCUCAUCUUCAUGGAAAGCCAGAUUACCGCCCUGAUAGUGAGUAAGAAGGAGCGGCGACUGGCCAAAGGGUCUGGGUUCCACCUGGACUUGCUCCUGAUCGUGACACUGGGGGGGUUGUGCCCCCUCUUCGGCCUGCCCUGGCUGACUGCUGCUACUGUCCGCUCGAUAACCCACGUCAACGCCCUGACCGUGAUGAGCAAGGCCACGGCUCCUGGAGAGAAACCCAAGAUCAGGGAGGUCAAGGAGCAGAGGGUCACCGCCAUGAUGGUCGCUGUGCUUGUGGGUCUGUCGAUUGUCAUGGCUGAUAUUCUGCGCCUGAUUCCCCUGGCGGUCCUGUUUGGGAUUUUCCUUUACAUGGGAAUCACCUCCCUCACUGGGAUCCAACUGUACGAGCGAAUGCUGCUCCUGGUCACGCCAUCAAAGCACCAUCCAGACCACGUCUAUGUCACCAAGGUGAAGACUUGGCGAAUGAACAUGUUUACCUGUAUCCAGCUGGGCUGUAUCGUGGUUCUAUGGGUAGUGAAAUCCACCGUGGCUUCCCUGGCCUUUCCCUUCGUCCUCAUCAUGACCGUCCCUCUCCGGCGCUUCAUCCUCACUCGAAUCUUCGAGGACAGGGAGCUGAAAGCUCUGGAUUCUGACGAUGGCUGUCCCAACUUCGAUGAAGAUGGUCAGGAUGAAUACAAUGAGCUCCACAUGCCUGUAUAGACAGGGUGUGGUGAGCCACAUUAGAGAGGCACUGAAGCCAAGGAAGAGCAACAAACAAGACAAAAGAGAGAGUGUGUGUGUGUGUCAGAGUCUGUAUGGGCAGGGAGGGUAAGACAGUGUGUAUGACAAUGAAGCGAAUAUAGAUACAUUUGUAUUUUUCAAAGGGAGACAUAAAGUGUGAAUUAGAGGGAGAGCAGGUAAAGUGACUGAAGAUAUUUUUUUAAAUCCCACUCUGGUCUCUCUAUAUUAUUAGGACAUUGGGCUCAGGUGCAAUGAAGACAAUUGGGUAUAUAUAGAGGUCUUGUAAAACCAUCCAGUUGGGGUCUCGUUUGAGCAAAGAAGAGAUUUCUGGAUGAUGGAUUGUGGUGGAUCCUCACUGGAAAAAACAUUCAAACAGCAGAGUUUGUACUGUAAUUUAUACACUAUAUGUGUUGCCAACAGAGUAAAUAUGACAUGCGUUGGCAAUACUUUGUUUAUUUGGACACAAUGACCAUGUUACCUAACUGUUAGAAUGACAACAUUUUACACCUGCAUGCUCACUGUGCAUUAAAUUGGGAGUGUGGUUUUGAUUGCAGUUUAGUUUAUAAUUGCACAGGUAAAACUGUCAGAAAAUAUGACAUGAUAAAUGGAAUCUCACUGCCCGUCACUUUCAUUGGGAUUUCAAAUCCUGUUACCCCUAAAUAGCACUACGCAGCACAGUUUCGAUAGCGCCGCAAAGGGUAAGAUUCACAGCAUGGCACCAGGGGCCUGUUGCCAAUUACUGAUUUUGUCAAAGUCACAAUGAUAACAGGAACAUGAAAUAACUAAAAAAAAAUUUCAUUAAAAUUUAGGACCAAAACACUUGCAAAGAGUGCAUUUGGAUAACUGUUUCAUGUUUAUUCACUCAGAAGACGUAGCUACUCAAACACUCAAUGACCCCUGUAGUUAUUACUUAAUUAGGAUCAGCUUCACAAACAUGUCAGCUAAUGCCAGCAGCCAGUGCUGCAGACCCUCAUGUUAAUGAGCUCUUCUGUGAAGUUACCAAAAUAAUGCAUCGUCACUGCAGUUAAACUGAAUCAGAUAUAAUCAGAUGUUUACCUGACACUUGUUUUAGAAUUAUUAUAUAACUUGCAUGGUUUUAUGAUCACUUAAACAAAGUAUUACCAUUGCUACUGUUAUUGUUCUAAUUCAUAUUAAUAAGUUAUUUUUAUUUAUUUUUUAAGCACUGUUCGUAGUUAGAUGUGACAGUGCCAAAGCCUUUUUUUAUUCACAAAGAGGUGAUCUUUAAAAUCAUGUGGAUCAUGUGUAUUUUGAAAAUGCCGUGUAAAUAAUACUGAACUCUAUGGCAGAGGUUUUCCCUAGAUUAUGUACAUUUCUAAUUCUAGAUUUUAAACAUUUAAAUUGAAAAGAAACCCUUACAGUGGGCCCUAAAGCAUGUCGUUUGAGACCUUAUUGCAUUUGAAGGCGGCAGAAUUGCUGGGGCUGUUCUUCUCAAACUCGCUGGGUGGGAACCGUCCGUCUGAAAUGAGAAUUGUUUGAGAAUUGGACCCAGAAUGUUUUAUUAGGAUACAUAACUACAGUACAUUGUGCCACUAGAGAUUAGAGUUAGCAAAAGCCCCUUGACUUUAAUAGCAUUUUCACUAAUUAAUGUUUGUUAUUGUAUCAAAAAUGUAUUUUACCAACGGUUCACAAUUAACAAAAAAAAAAAAGUACUGUCCCCUAUGAUGUUUGCAAUAAUUAUGAGUGUUUCUUAUUGUGAUUACUCAAAUAUUGUGUUUUGAUCGGUCUACUUUGGUUAGCUUUGAUUAUGCUGCUUUUCAGUUCUAGUUGCAGCCAUAGACAUCUUGUGGAAGUGUCUUUAUAUUUGUAAGCACCAGCGCCAUCUAGUGAAGGGCAGUGUAUUGCGAGCAAAACAAAAGUUAACUUGAUCCCAAGUGGCUCACUAGAUGGAGCUGUCUAUUAUUUCGAUAAAGACACUUAGGCAAAUUCAACCUCUGUUACAUAUAUAUGGCAGGCAGCUCGAACUAAAGAGCUGAGAUCAGGUGAAAGCACUUAUACUUACAAACAGUAUUUUAGCAAUUGCUAUGAGAACCACUUAAAAUUAAUGCAAAGAUCAUAAAACUAUAAAAGGACAAUGCAUGACUCAGAAAGCAAGGGCUGCAAACAGAUUUAUGGAACUUAGUGUUGUAGCAGAAAUCGUGUUUAUAAAUGAAAAUACAUGUUUGGUAAACAUAGGUUUCUUUCUCUGAGACCUUUCUAGUGAUUGGAUGUUGGAAAAUGGAAUUAUUUUGUUAGCUAGAAUCAUUUAAUAGCAGUCUUUGCAAAUGCAGUAUCCUGGUCAAGCAGCUUUUGUUUACAGUUUUUUUUUAUACUUUUGUAAUUUUGUCCACGUGUCCUUCUGGAGGCUGUCCCUGAACUAACUGCCCGCAACCCAACCUAUCUUCCUAUUGACGCAUCUUUCUGUUUCCAUAAAAGACAAAGCUUACAACAGCUGCACAGAAAAAAAAAAACAUGUACAACAAAAUGUCAUACACAAGACAAAAUGGAGACAGGAAGACAGGUCACAUGGGGGGAAUGACAUUGAUACAGGAGCAGUCUUCAGUUGAAUAAUGUGGACAUGUAGAUACAAAUAUGAAAACAGUUGAGUUUUUAAAGAAAUAACCAACACUACAUUACACAGGAGUAAUGACAUUAAAAAGUGAGAGUGUAAAAAAGUCAAGGGUUUAUUGAUAACGUUUAUUAUCUGCAGUAUACUCCAUAGGUAUGUGUUUCAAUGUCACUUUAGAUGUUUUCAUGUGCUGUACCAAAAAAAAACAGGCUUUCUAAGAUACAUUUUCAUAUAUAAAAAAAAAAAAACCUGAGGUAGUUUGAGAAUUGAUAGUAACCCUUAAAUCAGGGUUCGAUUCUCAGCAGAAAAAGAUGUAUUUAUAGCAUUUUCGUACCCAGGUUUCUGUUUUGUAUUAACUGAAGAUCGUACUGAACAGCUGCUUUUUUAUAUGGAGGUGAAAGUUUGGGGUACAGUGCUGGUGCCAAUUAAAGGAAGAUUUAAAACUAUGCCUUAUUUCUUCCCGUUUCUGCAUCUGCCAUAACAAGAGAAUUAAAGGGAAGAUCCAGACCAAAACAAACACAGUAAGCUGCAUUGGAAGUGCAUUCUACUGGAACAAAUAUCUGCAGAUUGGGCAAGAUAGCAAUGUACUGGAAACCAUAGGGGAAAUAGCUGCAGAUACAGGCCAGAAUUAAAUGUAACAUAAACACUGCUAUAGAUGUAUGUAUAAUAAAAUAUGCAAAAGAGUCUGUUUGUGCCAUUUUACCAAUGAAGACGCCUUGAUAGUGACGUUACAUUUGAAGCUUUGAGGGUUUUUAUUUGAGGAAAUCGUUGUAAUCGGUCAAUUCAGUGUUGUUUCAGUAUUGUCCACCAGGGAGCGCACGCCUCAUACAGUGCUAAGUUAUAUGGAAAAAAUGCUUCCAUCACAGUGCAAAACAGAAACAGUCCGUAAAGGACUUAUUUUAAAUAGUUAUUUUUUGUUCACUUAUGACUGGUUUCACAGAUUAGCAAUAUUUUAUUUUAUUUUAUUUUUAUUACCUUACCCAAGGUCAAGUAGCUCAAGAUUAGUGCUAAUCGGGCUGGCUCUGUGGGACAUAAAUAGUACAGUUAAACAAAUCUAUACAAAUGGACGGGCCUCUGGCUUUCAUGUGUAGCUCAGUUUAUUUUGCACAGACUACACUGCUGACUGUUACAUUUGUCUUGGUAGCUGUCCUCAUCUUUCUUUGAGGGCUAGAAGAAGCAAAUGAGCAGGAAGAAAAAAAAAACCUGGUUCAGUUGACCUGGACUCGGUCUGAACAGCAACCCGCUGGCAAUGCAGCCUGCCUGCCUUGAACUAAGAAGGUAGUUACCAUGGCAGCAGACAUGUGCUGCAUCUCAAAUAUAUUAAAAUAGAGCGUUUUGGUCACUUACUUCCUAUUUAGAAAAUCCCAAAUAAUAUAAAUAAAGUUAAACCCAAGUUACUACUUCAAACUUAACAGGACUGGAGGACACAGCUAGAAACUGGGGGGGAAGCACUUUUUUUUUUUUACAGUUAUAAAUUCACAGCAUGAAGUUGAAGUUGUAACAUCUUAUACACAAACAUUAAAAAACAAUUCUUGUUCCAAAUAUUUUUAUGCAAGUGUCCUACUCCCAGUCCUAGCCCUUGCAUAUUAAUUUAUGCUUUAGAUUCCAGAAAGUGAUACUCUAUUGUAACACCAAUGUGUACGGCUCACGCAAGGUGCAAUAUAAGUCAUGGCUGUCAUUGAGUAUCUGAUUAAGUAUGGAUACACUUUUGUACAAACGUGGUUCCUAUUCCUAUUUAUUUUUAAGGAAAUCCGUUCUAUGGAAGUACUGCCAUCUUUCACAAGUGAGUGCAAAUGCAACGAUGAUCUUGUGUGUGUAAAGAUAUAGCUGCAUAUACACGAUUCUAGUUUCUAUUAAAAGCAAAAACGUUGUGAAAAAGAUCACUUGUUUUUCAUUGGGCAAGAGGCAGCAGACAGAAUAGCAGACGCAGGUCUCAGAAUCAGCAUAUGCAGUUCUGGGGAGCACACUUAUUUAAAUUAUAAAUGAUGAUAAAACAAAAUGAAAAACAAAAUCUCAUCUUGUCUGCCUUCAACAGGCAGUUAUCCUCUCUCUCCCCAAAGUCCAACUGAAAUAAGGAACUGUCUCUUUGCUCCUGCCUUAUACAUGUAGCCAAUCUAAAUUGGCAAUCAAUUAUCUAAUUUAGCCUGGCCAUAUAUCACCUGGUUUUGGUCCAGGGAAAGGGAGUUUUAACCCUAUCUCUGCCAGUUAAAACAAAACCUAAAUUAUUUCAAUUUGCAGGUAGUCUGUCUGUCACCCCAAAAUGAACUUUAUGUACAGUAAAGAAAAUACCAAAGUAUAAGGCGAAGGCAUACAUAGAGAUCUUUUUUUUUCUUUGGAAAAUGGCAAAUAACAGAAUUAAGCCAUGAAUUUACAUUUGGGAGUGUGAAAAACAGUUGGAUGAGCACCUCCACUAAAUCCUUGUUGCCAGGUAUAUGGAGAUAAUAAUUGGCCUGCUCUUUUUUAUUUUGGGCAGGAAUUGCUUUUUCUUAUGCAUGCUGGUCAGUUCUAACCAAUGUUUGGGAUCAAAUUAAUCAAGUUUCGUAAUCAUUUGUGUUAUAACAAUUGAAGGGAACCUGACAAUCAGCAAUGUUUCUAUAGAGGCAGCAAUAGGCAUAUAUAUUACACUGUACAGGGUGAUCUGUUUACCAUUUUGUGCUAUGGGGAAAAAAAAAUCUGGACUACCAUCAUAAAGCACCCUGUUGCCUAUUAUUAAAUUGAAUUCACUGCUCACUAUGGUACCCUUAGAAUAACAAAUGGUUUCUCCACAAUGUGCUGUGCUACUGAUGAAUUUAGAGCAAACUGUGAUACUUUUGGUGACCAAGUGACACUGAAAUCACACAAUUUUAUAAUUGACCAUUGACAUUUGAAAUGAAAACAAAUCUAGUUAAAGGUUGUGGUGUUUGUGCUUGCUCUUGUGGAUGCACACAAAUAUGUAUUUUGUUCUGGGUCUAAUGAAAGUAAAUGGUCUUUAACUUCAGUAACUGGCUGUUUUACAGUAGCAGACAUAGUUGCUGGCACUCUAAACAGGGUUCACAUACCAUUCUAAUAAUUAAAGUUAUUUUUCUGUCUGCAAAUAAAUAUUUAUUAUGA